UUUUAUCUGGUAGGAAAUGCGAGUCCCAAUCCCCAAUGUGCAGAUUCCUCACUCUCCCUCACCUAUUUGCAGAAGAAGCCCCCUUUGGUUUUUGAGCACCACCACUCACCACUCUCGAUCUCAGAAACCCAUAUCCUCAAGCAAAACAGAGGAGAUCGAGAUCCAAAUCAUGAAAAGGGAACACCCAAAUCUCUAUCCUAGAUUAGACCCAGCUUCUGCUGGCAGUUCUUCUUCUAGCUAUUCGGCCAUCCCACCUGCUAAUCCCAAUACCAGUACUGAUACUUCUCGCAAAGCCGAGAUGUGGGAAGACGAAGCUCAAGUUGAUGGCGGAAUGGAUGAGCUUUUGGCUGUUUUAGGUUACAAGGUAAGGUCGUCGGACAUGGCAGAAGUCGCCCAAAAGCUUGAACAGCUAGAAGAAGUUAUGGGUCUUGUACAAGAAGAUGGACUUUCUCAUCUUGCUUCUGAAACUGUCCAUUUUAAUCCUUCUGAUCUAUCCACUUGGCUGGAAAGUAUGCUUUCUGAGUUCAACCCAAACCCCAAUUUUGAUUCUGUUGUGGCUGCACAGCCUUCUUCUUUAGAUGAUUCAUUUUUCGCUCCUCCUGAGUCUUCCACCAUCACCUCUAUCGAUUUCGCCGACCAUGUCAAUCAACAACAACGGCAAGAGUAUCAAAAUACCAACAAGCACAACGGUCGUGGAGUGGUGUUUCAUGAAUCUUCAUCUUCUGAUUACGAUCUCAAAGCUAUUCCUGGUAAGGCUGUGUUUGCCCAAAAUCCUCAAAUUGAUUCCUCCUCUUUCUCAUCUCGAGAUCCCAAGCGCUUAAAACCCACAACCACGACCACAGACCACCUGUACCCAGCAACGGCAGCAUCAUCAUCGUCUUCAACCAUUGUUGGUGGUGGGGGUGGUGGUUCUUUAGGUGUUUCGACUGAGUCAACUCGUCCUGUUGUCCUGGUUGACUCACAAGAGAACGGAAUCCGACUCGUUCAUCUCCUAAUGGCCUGCGCCGAAGCCGUACAAGAAAAUAAUAUACCUAUUGCGGAGGCCCUCGUCAAGCAAAUCGGUUUCUUGGCCUUUUCUCAAGCCGGAGCGAUGCGUAAAGUCGCUGCCUACUUCGCCGAAGCCUUAGCUCGCAGAAUCUACAGACUCUAUCCUCAAAGCCCUAUGGACCAUUCGCUCACCGAUAUCCUUCAGAUGCACUUCUACGAAACCGGCCCUUAUCUCAAAUUCGCUCACUUCACCGCUAAUCAAGCAAUUCUCGAGGCUUUUGAAGGGAAAAAACGAGUGCACGUUAUUGACUUCUCCAUGAACCAAGGGAUGCAGUGGCCUGCGUUGUUGCAAGCUCUCGCGCUCAGACCUGGUGGUCCGCCGGCGUUUCGUUUAACCGGGAUUGGACCGCCGUCUCAUGAUAACUCGGACCAUCUUCAAGAAGUGGGUUUAAAAUUGGCUCAGUUGGCAGAGACAAUCCAUGUUGAGUUUGAGUAUCGAGGAUUUGUAGCUAAUAGUCUAGCUGAUCUCGAUGCGUCUAUGCUCGAACUCAGACCCAGUGAGUUCGAGUCCGUUGCUGUUAACUCAGUUUUCGAGUUGCAUGAGUUGUUAGCGAGACCAGGCGCCAUUGAAAAGGUCCUUUCGGUGGUGAAGCAGAUGAAACCGGAGAUUGUUACCAUUGUUGAGCAAGAAGCGAACCAUAAUGGUCCAGUUUUCCUGGACCGGUUCACUGAGUCAUUGCAUUAUUACUCGACCAUGUUCGACUCGUUGGAGGGAUCAGUGAGCAGCCAAGAUAAGGUGAUGUCAGAGGUGUAUUUAGGGAAACAAAUUUGCAAUGUGGUGGCAUGUGAAGGGGCAGACCGAGUUGAGAGACACGAAACCCUCAAUCAGUGGCGAACUCGUCUGGGUUCUUCCGGGUUUGUGCCGGUUCACCUCGGGUCCAACGCAUUCAAACAAGCAAGCAUGUUACUGGCCCUAUUUGCGGGCGGAGAUGGGUAUAGAGUGGAAGAGAAUAAUGGGUGUUUGAUGUUGGGAUGGCAUACACGGCCGCUGAUUGCAACCUCAGCGUGGCGGCCGGCCAGCAAAUAAGCAGUAGGUGACCGAGUCAGUAAAACUCACCGAGUCAAGUCAGGCGAGUGAUGUUGAGAACAAUUCAAGUUCACCAAACCCUAGUGGGGCUGUGUGUGUAGUCAUGUGAAUGCUGAGCUGGUAAAUGGGUAAAAAAACCUGAGACCCACCACUCUCUGUAGUGUCUCAGUCUCUUCAGUGUAUUUUUUUUUCAAAUCA